UUCUCCAAGCACUGACUCCCAUCAUCUCAGACCAUAGCCAGGGGCCACAUCCCACUGCCUGCCCAGUGUCCAUCCAUGGAGGUGACCACUGUAUCCCCAUCUCCUGCCUCAUUCACUGAAGGGGACAAUCUCUGUGACAUAGAUGUCACCAGUGUGGCUAUGCACAGUGUGACACUGCUCAUCUGCCUCUGUGGGCUGGCUGGGAAUGGGGCUGUCCUUUGGCUCCUCAGCCUGAAAAUCCGUAACUCUGGCAUCUUUAACCUGGCUUUUGCCGACUUCCUCUUCCUUGUCUUCACGGUGCCCUCCAUCCUUCUCUUCCUAGUGGAGGACAUAUCCUGCUCUAUUAUUAUGCCCCUGACGUACAUGAGCUUCCUUUUCCAGCUCUCAAUGGUCUCCUUCUACUGGGCAUUGUUCCAACUGGCAUUCCUCAAUUUCAGGAAGGACAUGACCUUCCUCUUUGAGCUCUGCUGCCAUUGCUGUCACCUUCCCGAGCGCCUGUGGUGGGUGGUGGACAGUGUCCAAGACUGGGCCUUCUUUGCUCUCUUCACUGUCAUUCCCAUGGUGACAUCCCUGUGCCCAUCACACGAGCAGGAACAGUGCAGGGCAGCUCUCAUCUCCAUGUUCACAGUCAUCCUGCUCCUCUUUGUUGUCCCCAUGGUCAUUUCCCGCACAAUCGACAUCAUCAGGGCCAUGCGAGGCUCCAAGAAGCAGCAACCCAAGAGGAGAGACAUCAUUAUCUUCCUCAUUGUGGUAUUUGCUCUUCUCAUCAACCUCUGCAAUUUCCUGCAGCAGCUCGGGUACAUGCCUGUUUCCUCCCAGGUUGUUUUCCUGCUCACCUGCAUCCACAGCAGCAUCAAACCCUUUAUCUAUUUCUUGGCAGGGCACUGUUGGAGUCCCUGCUCCAUCUGGUCCCUCAGAGAUUCCCUCCAGGAAGUUUUUGAGUAGCAGAAAGAAAAACUUCCCAGAGAAAUGAUGCCCCCAGGGACAUGGGGCUCUGAGCUUGUUAAUCCCUUCCACCGCUCUGAUUGAGACAGGGAAUUGAGAAGUAAGGAAUAGUUCAUCAAAAACCAAGACAAUGAGGAAUGCCUGACAUUUACUAUGCUUGCAAAAAUCGGGAGGAGAGGCAAACAGGUUUGUGAUAAACAGAGCCAGAACUUGCAAACAGGGUGAAGGGUGCAAGGCUACCAGUGAUAAGUGAUAAAUCCAAAACCCUUAACCAGCAAGAGCUAAUCUCAAGGCCUGGAAUAUGCCAAGAAGGUUAAGAUGCAUACUCUGGAGACAAAGCUGAAAAGUUCAAGUGCGAUGAAAUGUUUGGAAGACUUCAUCAGAGACCCCAAAUGACCUCUGCAUUGGGGAGGCACAAGCACAAAAGGACUUUUGGUUCGUUUUAAUAGGAAGCGAGGGUAGGCAGGACGAGGUGGGGCUAGGACAUGAAUAUGUAUUGGUCAUAUUGUGUAAUCCUAAAUUUUAGGGAGUAAAUAAAGCAGUAGUUUGAAGUUUCGGUGUGCAGGCUUUGGGAGGAAUUAUCCCUGUGCACCUCAGUGCUGAAUAAAUGCACACCUACUUUAUAACUCUCAUUUCUCACGAGUUACAGAGUCUUUUCUGCGUAUCAUGCUGAAGGAUCUCAGUGCAAGUUUUUUGAGUCACUUGAUUAAUAAAUAUCCACACCCUC